UGUUUAACUUCACUCUGGUGUGCAGGAGCGUGUGUGCGUGUGCCUGUGAGUGUUUGUGUGUGUCCAUGUGUGUGUGUGCGUCCGCAAGGACUUGCAGGGGAGUGGAGAGUGGAGUAAUUCCAGCUCUGUUUAAAACAACUUCUCAGCACGGAAUCCGUCCCGGAGUUUGGCACAGGAGUCCCCGACCAUCUCUGCUUUAUCCCGGGACUGUGCAGCGGGAUUAUCGCUUCCACCACAGCGGCAGAAAUCAUCGGGAUUUCAGAGUUGUGAGGAUUUAUUUCGGGGUGAAAGAAGGAUUAUACGGACCAAGGGGGGUUCACGAAGCUCAAGGAGAAACUCUGGGAAACUUUUGGAUGUAUGUCUCGGAUGCUCUUUUUGUUACUGUAAACUGAUCCUGCUCUUUGAGUGGUUUAAGUAUGGUUUGUGGAUUGUGUGCUGGAUCUCCAGAGUGUUGGGGAGUUGAAGGCUUUGUGAGAGGGCUGGCAAAAGUUGUGGCUUAAUUGAGUUGGCGACAGCAGGUCACUGAGCAGUGACUGUGUGUAGCCUUCUCCUUCUACAGACGUUUAGUGAUGUUUAACGCAACGCAUGACUGAAUAUUACUUUCUAAUGCUGCGGGAGAGCCAGAAAACCACCGGCUGCGCAUGUUGUGCGCACCGUGCACAAACCCCCGGUCUUGCGCGACGAGUGUAAAUCGAUGUGGCAUCUCCCGGGACCCGGACGGGACCGACAGGACACAUCCAAAACUGUCUAGGUUGUCGUAUGUUCAAGUCGAAACGCUCGGGUCUUGUACGGCGACUCUGGAGAAGCCGUCUGGUCACCGAGAGCGACGGGCGGGAUGGAGGCAGACGAGGUGAGGGAGGACGGAACGGUCCGUGUGGCAGACACUCAGGAAAGCUCCACAGACAUGAGCAGCGGUCGGUGACACACACUGACCCGGCUCCAGGACUCACAGGGGAGGCUGGAGACCUGACGGAGAGCCCGGAGAGGGAGGAAGAGGAGCAGCCGGACGAUGAUCGGGGUGCCAUGUGCGUCCCGGAGCACAGAGGCUCUCGGCGGGGACAGGAGGGCGACAGUAGGACGGUGACGUGUUGUUUGUUUGGGGAAUGGGAUCUCGGACCUCGGAGCCCUUAUUGGGCCCCGAGAAAAGACGGAGGGGGCCCUUGUCAGUGCGCACCGAGGCAUGCGGGGCUGGAGGAGGAACUCGCGAGCACUGCUCAUGCUUUUUUGAAAAGACUCAAGGAGAGAUCUCUGGACGCCUUGGUGAAGGCUGUAGAGACCAAAGGAGGGAUAGCCAGCGAGUGCGUAAUGGUGCCGAGCACUGAGCUUCGACUCGGGGCUCACCACGUCUCUCCACAGUAUCUCAUGUGUAAGAUGUACCGCUGGAGCGACAUGCCGCUCUCAGCCCGGCUCAAAACGCUGUGCCACUGCCAGAACUUCAGCGCAGUGGACAGUGCAAAGGUGUGCUGCAACCCCUAUCACUACAGCCGCUUAUGUGGGCCAGAAUCACCUCCUCCCCCAUACUCUCUGUCCCGUUCAGAUGAACACAAGCCACUGGACUCAAGUCUGUCUUACACUGAAACUGUGCCCCCCCUCCUCUCAAGUCCGCCUCAAAUUACGCCAAGAGACUACACAGACACUGGUACCUCCCUCGGCUCCUCGACUUCCGGCGGACAUCGCUCUCACUGGUGCAGUGUUGCCUACUGGGAGCAGCGCACACGCGUGGGUCGCCUUUAUUCAGCCUACGAGCCCUCGCUCAACAUCUUCUAUGACCUACCUCAGGGCACGGGCCUCUGCCUCGGCCAGCUCAACGCCAACGCCUACCAUAGCCGCCGUGACGACCCAGGCAGCCACAGCACAUCUGGUCUGCAUGGACAUCACAGCCAUGGAAACGGAGGGAAUAGCAGCAGCAGCAGCAGUGUGCAACAGAUUCGCAGUAAAAUCGGCUACGGCAUCGUGCUGAGUCGGGAGCCGGACGGAGUGUGGGUGUACAAUCGCAGCCAGCACCCGGUGUUUGUCCACUCACCCACUCUGGACCCUCCCAGUGCUCGAGGGCUGAGUGUGAAGAGGGUUAUGCCGGGCUUCUCCCUCAAGGUGUUUGACUAUGAGCGCUCCAGCUGGAUGGCCGAGCACGGCGUGAAGCCUGAGAGCCAGGAGGGGCCCUGGGACCCCCACAGUGUUCGCAUCAGUUUUGCUAAAGGAUGGGGCCCCUGCUACUCCAGACAGUUCAUCACCUCCUGUCCGUGCUGGCUGGAGGUGCUACUCAACAACCACAGAUAGCACACAAACACUCACAGACUCACAUGAGGUUUCAGUAUCCGUAUUGUAAUCUACCUAGAUUUAAUAUAAAAUUUAUAUAUUAUAUAAAAUAUAUUAUACAUGUAAAUACUUGAGUCAUUUUUACAAUGCAAUUAUUUAUGUAUAGUGUAAUGUGUAUAUGGACAAAAUAAACAGGAACAAGAAUAUGCACUUUUGAUUCUAUAUAUGCAUUACAGUUUCUCAGUGUCAUUUUGCAAAUAUAAACUGUAUAAAAAUAAGACAAACCUGGUUUAUGUUCUCAUGAUUUUAGUAAUUCCAUCAAAAAGUAUGCCAUACACACAUUGUCAAUAAAGUAUUUGUAUUAAAUGAA